AUGCCAGCCGUGACACCAGCGUCGUUCGCCGGCGCGGUCGCCCGCCUCGGCGUCGCCUCAGGGCGGUACGCCAUCGCGCUCUCGGGCGGCGCCGACAGCACGUCGCUCCUGUGCCUCCUCAGCGAGUGGGCCCCCGAGCCCUCCAAGCAGCUGCUUGCGAUCACGGUCGACCACGCGCUCCGCAAGGAGAGUGCAGACGAGGCGAGAUAUGUCGGAACGUUGGCCGCCAAAUGCCAUGUGCCCCAUCAAAUCCAUACGGUGCGCUGGCCAAUAGACAGGGCGCUUGCACGGAGUCAACUGCAAGUUCAAGCGCGUGUGAAGCGGUACGAGUUGCUUCACGAGGUGUGCGUCGCCGAGAAGCUCGAUGGGCUCUUUGUCGGGCACAACCUCGGUGACCAGGCCGAGACGCUGCUCAUGCGCCUUGGCCGCGGCAGCGGCUGGAGCGGCCUCGCUAGCAUCCCGGGCAAAGCUCUCAUCCCAAUCGCGUCGGGCAGCACCGUGCCCCUUUAUCGCCCGCUCCUUUCGUUUGAGAAGGACGACUUGAAGGACACGUGUCAUCGCUUCAAUAUGCCGUGGGUCGAAGACCCUUCCAACGACUCGGACGCCUUUGACCGUAUCCGCAUCCGCAAGGGCCUGCGCGAUCUCAAGGCGACACCGGGCAAUGCCGAUGUCAUGCAGCGGCUGCUUGCGAUGCAAGAACACGCAGACGAGGCGCACGCAGACCUGGAACAGGCUGCGACGAUGCUAUUACAACAGUACGCAACCAAGCAGCCAGCCCAUGUGCUCUUGAGCGACGCAUUUGUGGCCGACCCCACGCUCUUUGACGAGCUCGCGAUCCGAGUGCUGUCUCGCCUUGUCCGUGACGUGGGUCGAAAGCAGUACCCACCCCGCGUGGCGUCAGUCCUCGCACUGUGGCUGCAAUGGAAGCGCGGCCAAAUGCGCGUCAACUCGGCCGUGACUAUCGGGGGUUGCUUGGUCAAGAAGACACGCGCCGGGCUACUCGUGACGGUCGAAGGACACGCGGCUCCUUAA